GUCAUUUUUCGACCUCCGCGAAUGCAAAAGACGCUUUUCUCUCCCCCCCCCCCACACAUUUUUUUCUUCGAGCGCAAAUCGUUUUUUUAUUCCGUCACAUUUUUGUUUUUGCACGCCACCCGUAACGCGACAGAAAACAAACACAAACAAGCGUCCAUAUAGCCAGGGGCGCCUAUUUUGCUGUUUUUCGAUUUGAGGGUCGUUUUCGUCCUUCGCGUUUUGUUCCCACCCUCGUCGGCGGUGUUUUUGGUGGACGGCGAGCUCCCAUGCUGCUUUGCGCCCCGCGAGACAACAGCUCACCUUUGCAGCACAAGCUUCCUCUUCCUCCGAAAGCAUCAGCAGCCAGACCCUAACUCCGUCGCCCCCUCCUCGGCCGCCCUCGGACCCGCCCUCAUUCUCCUGUCCGCCCCCCACCCUCGCGCCCAGCUGUGGCCCUCGCAGGGCGCGACCGCUGGCGCUCACCUGGAAGGUCCUUGGCCUCAGGACGACUGCCAGCAGCAGCAGCAGCAGCAGCAGCCACAGCAGCGGCAUCUUUCCUACAUGCGGGACAAGGCCACACAGACCCCCAGGGCCUGGGCAGAUGAGAGGAGGCGAGGCUCUCACAAGCGUUCGGCCUCCUGCGGGAGCACCGACCAGCUCAAGGAGAUCGCCAAGCUGCGUCAACAACUCCAGCGCAGCAAGCGCAGCAGCCGUCACCGGAGGGACAAAGAGCGCAAGUCGCCCUUCAACGGCAGCCACGCCAUCAUGCAGUCGCAGGCCCCCAUGCCCAAGACCAUCCUGAUCCCCAUCCCCAUAUCCAAGUCAUCCGCUCCUCGCUUCCGCAACAGCGUGGAGGGUCUCAACCAGGAGAUCGAACGCAUCAUCAUCCGAGACACCCCCGAGAAGGAUGAGCCCAUCGUUCCACAGGACGUCCCCGACGGGCACCGCGCGCCGCCGCCCGUCCCCCCGCAGCGCAGCAGCAGCACCCGCAGCAUCGACACGCAGACCCCCUCGGGGGGCGGCCUUAGCGGGAGCCACAGCAACGGCAGCAGCCGCCCCGACUCCAUCUCGCCGUCCUACCUCACCGUGCUCGCCGACGCGGUCGCCGGUGGCAGCCCCCUCGACGACAAAGAGCUGGGCCCCUGCUCCCCGCUGCCAAAAUACGCUGCCUCUCCGCGGCCCAACAACAGUUACACCUUCAAGAGGGAACCUCCAGAGGGCUGCGAGAAAGUCAAAGUCUCUGAAGAGUCCCUGCCCAAAAGCCGGCAGGAGGUCCCGGCCUUCCUGUGCCCCGACCGCAACAAGGUCAACUUCAUCCCCAACAGCGGUUCGGCCUUCUGCCUGGUCAGCAUCCUCAAGCCCCUGCUCCCGUCCCCGGACCGUAACUUUCGCCCCGGGGUGGGCCUGGGGAGUCUGUCCCCGUCGCUGGUGCCUCUGUCCACCCAGCCCUGCCUCCUGGAGGAGCCCGAGAGCUUCUGACGAGCACCUUAAACACCUUAAAGCUCUGGAAAAAGAAGAAGUGAGAAAAAAGGCCUUCAGCAUGCUAGCCCUCUGAUGUCUUUGUUCAAACGACGCUUCCCACUGCCUCGCCUCCUUUUCCUCCGCCUCCGUCAUUGCUGUCUUAUUGGUGUUGUCUUGAAAGGAAAAGGGAUCGUUUUUGUUUUGUUUUUUUGUUUUUUUCCCACCGUAUAAGAUACCAUGACGCCUUUCCGCAGACAUAUCUUUUUUUGUAUCUCAAUCGAGUUCUUUCUAGAAAAUAUGCCUUCCACUACAAAAGGCCGUGUUGGUGCCAGAUUGUAGCAAAACUUGAAGGGGUAAUGAAAAAAAAAUUAUUAUAAUAAUAAUGUGCCUGAUAUUUUUGAGGACAGUACUCCGUUUCAAAAAUGAUGCAGCACCUCCACCUUGCCAAGGGGGCGGUGCCAUCCAGACUCACACGUUUGUAUUCAAAGGCCAAAGCUACCUUGAAGCUGUACAACCGUCGUCUGUGCCACCCGCUCCUUUUUCAGCUUUGGAUAUAAAAACUAUACACACCCCUGUUCAAAAAAUGAGACCCAUUGGAAGGAUUUUUUUUUUUUUCAGAUCUAAAGAAUGUAGUUGUAAAAAUGUGCACACCCACCUGUAACUGGGGUGUGGCCAUUCAGAAUUAACUAGUCGCAUUCAAACUCGUGCCCGAGCUGUUGGGUCGUGACUGAAAGAACAAGAUCCCGGAUACGAGCGGCCGAAAUGAAUUACCUCCGCAGGGUGUCCGGGCUCUCCCUUAGAGAUAGGGUGAGAAGCUCGGUCAUCCGGGAGGGGCACAGUGUCGAACCGCAUUGAGAGGAGCCAGAUGAGGUGGCUGGGGCAUCUGAUCCGGACGCCUCCCAGGAGAGGUGUUCCGGACAUGUCGCACCGGAAAGAGACCCCGAGGACGACCCAGGACACGCUGGAGAGACUAUGUCUCUCGGCUGGCUUGGGAACGCCUCGGGAUCCCUCCGGAAGAGCUGGAAGUGGCGGCUGGGGAAAGGGAAGUCUGGGUAUCACUGCUGAAGCUGCUUCCCCCGCGACCCGACCCAGAAAAGUAGUAGAAAAUGGAUUGAUGGAUGGACAUUGAAACUCAUUUGAAGUGCGUCUGAUGAACUCCAAAUAAAGUUGAGCUAUUUCCGAAGCCUAAAGAUUUUGCCUUAACGGUGACUGCAAUUUUCGACCCGUAGCAAAAGGUAUGAACCCAACGCUGCUGAUCACCAAAACAGGAGGCAGCUCGAUGCGUCGCCGCUGUUUUUUCUCCAGCUGGAACCACCUGAGGCCUCAGACGAGGUGGAAGCAUUUAUGAAGACUUUUAACAAAAAGCAGUCCA